AAAAAAAAAAGAAAAAACAGGGAGGAGGGAACUGAAAAACAGAGUACAGUGAUCCUGCACAUGACACUACUGCAUGGGGAAUGCCGCAACUCGACAAGCAGUGCAUUUACAUCCACCUCCUUGAUGGUUAUUUAUGAAUGUGAUUGUAUCCCUUGAGAUAGACAGAGUGAACUGUGUGAAUAGAUCUGUGUGAGAAAAUCAACAUGCCACAGUGGUGGGCUCCACUCAUCGUUGUUUACCUGUCCAUCUACCUGGCAGCUACUCAGCACCACAGGAAAGCUCUCUAUCCAUCAGCGUAUAGGAUAAAACGAGAGACAUAUUCGCUGAUCAACCCGUCGUUCCAGCACUCAGUGGAGGAUGUCAACCUGCUUUUUGAGAUCCUGCUGGCUGGCAUGCUGAUCCAAGGCGAGGAUCACGCCAUGCUGAUCCCAGAUGAGGAGCUGGCAUCUCUGAGGCGUGUGAAGAAGCUGGAGGUCAUCUGUGAGGACGUCCUGCCCAAGAAGCUCUCCGACAUCCGCCGCUUGACGGCCGAACUCACCCGGCGCCAGCAGCCUCUGAGCCGGCAGGACUUUGAGAGGACGGUGUUGACCCUGGUGUACACCACUCAGACACUGACUCAAAUCAGCAACCAGCAGCAGAGAGAAGCGUGGACCGAAGCCUUGAUCCAGCUGUUCAGAGCCCUCCAAAAGGACCUUGGACCCUCUUGAGGAAAAAAUUUUAGGAUGUUAUAAAAAAUGUACUGGCAUUAUUGUAGUGACUUUCUUUUUUCUUUGCUCAUGGACACCAGUGCUUUUUUCCAAAAAAAAAUAUCUGGAGCAGCAAAUCACAUCUUGAAUGUUGCAUAUUUGGUGAAACAGGCCCCUGGGGCGCAUUUUAAUACAUGACAGUGAGUUACACUGCAAUUCUUGACAUAAGCUGCAUCCCAAGUUCAUACAUACCCAAAAUAUUAAUUGCAUACAGUAUGUACUGUUAUUGACAUAGUAUACUGAUUUUGCAGCUUGCAGGAAAAAGCUAGUGAGUGAACUUCAGAUAAGAUUUCAUUGUCAAAUACUGUUUUCAGAGUCAAGAAUGAACUUUCACACUCAAGAAGUGAAUGCACUUUACUGUUUUGUACUAACAGGAAAUUAUGCAAUAUGUGAAAUGCCAAUGUCAGUUAAACAUCACAGAGAGACAGCAAUGUUUUUUUUCCCAAAGAUUUCAUCUGUUUUCAGUUUGUUUUCUGACAUCUUCUUAAAAUUGUGUCAACAAAUCCACCAUGUAUUUGAAUAUUUUGCACCAUUUCAAUUUCCUUUCCAUGUAAUGAAUCGUGGGACAAUAAUAUUCACAAACAUCACACAGUAUAAUAGUAUGUAUAUUUAGGGUCUGUCCCAAUAUCCAUAUUUGCAAUCUUGAGCACUGAAGCGCACGUUUAGAUGCCGAAAGGUUUAAGGCAAGUGUGUAUAAAAAAAUGCAAUAUGCUUAACCCACACUUGAUGCACACUUAUCCUAAUACUGCCCACUGCACCACAGCAGUCCAUUUGUUGAUGUUAACGCGUCUAUAAACUUUUUUUUUUUUUUGAACUGACAAUGACCAACAAACAUGAAGAAGUUCAAGUUUAUGGCAUGCUAGAUUCAGCCUGAAUAUUAUUAUUUAUGUCCAAACACUGCUCAGUUAUGACACAAUUAUCUAACAAUAUUUAAAAAAUCUAUUCUUAAUGAGACUAGAGUAAUAUCGCAUAUUUGUUAUUCUCAACAUAAAUAUUAAAUAUCACUCUUUUAUGAAUUAUUUUGAGAUAUACAUUCCUUCCCUGGAAAUUCUACCAGACACAAACCAUUAAAAAUAAUAUCACAUUAUCAUUUGAUUUAAUUGCUUUAUUAUUAAUUGUAUCACUGCUCUGAGCUCCCGGAUAUGUAGUUGUGUUUUCACCUGUCACCUGAUUGUAAUGCUGUACGGCUGACCCUGCUAAUUUGUUCAUUAUGUAAAAAUUUAAUAAAACCAAUAAAGCAUCUGAGCCAUGUAUUUGCACAAACCACAGAAUGGCUUCAACAUGUCCCAAUGUGUGCUAAUAAAAUUCCCCAUGCUUACAGUCUUAAAGAGCAUGUGGGAACCUGAAAAAUAUACAAACUAAAAGCUGUACUUUAGGUUGAGAACUCCAUGCAGAGUCACCUCCCUCCACCUGUGCUGUCUGUGUACAUGUUUGGAAUUACUUUAGAUGGCAUUAGUCGCUCUGCUCUGACUAGAAGAGAUUGCUCAGCUCAUUUGAUUUGCCGGUAAAAGCCCUUUGAAUGAAAACCACAGAUUUGUACUUAAGAGUCUGUGUACAUCAAUAGUCCUGAUUGCUCAUUUGAACAAACUGUAAAAGGUUUGAUAGAUGUUUGCCUCAAAGCUACCAAUUUCCCCACUCGUUCUGAGAAAUAGGUACUUGCCGUAAUAAGGUUUCAUGGAGUUUGCUCAUCGUCGAGUAGACAGAAAGUAUACAUCUGGUUUG